GCAACAGUUGCUGUCGCCAGCAAAUCCAGUGCAGCAGCAAUGGCCGCUGCAACAGCAACAGCAGCAGCAGCCACCAAUGAUUUGGCAGCAGCUGCUGCCGUCGUAUUGUCGCUACAAGGCACCAUGGUCAGCAGCCUGCAGCAGGCGGCACUGCUGCCGGCCAACUCAGCAGCAGCAGCAGCGCUCAACUUGCAAGCGCUCGAAUCCUAUUUGGCGCUGCAGCGACUCACGGGCAAAUCGGAUGUGUUUCGAUUUAGUAGCAGCAGCAACAGCAACAGCAAUAGCAACGGCAACAGCAGCAACAGCGGCAACAGCAACAGCAGCAACAACAACAGCGAUGCAGAGCAGAAUGCAACAUUGCCAGCACUCAUCGAUAUUUCAAGUAUUGAGCUGAAGUCCAGCAGCUCCUCCAGAGCUUCAAGCGUCUCCGCAGCUGUGGCUAGCUCACCCAGCAGCAACAACAACAAUAGCAACAACAAUAACAACAGCAAUAGUAACAGCAGUAACAACAAUAACAACAACAGCAACAACAACAACAACAACAACAAUAACAACAGCAGCAACAGUAACAACAAUUGCUCUUCAAGCACAUCCAAGUGCAUUCCGCCGCUGCCCUCAAUUAGCACUGUGAGCGCCGCUGUGGCCGCUGCUGCUGCUGCUGCCGCCGCUGCAGCCAAUCAGCAGGCGGCGUUGGACUGUGCCACAGCCGCCGAGCUGGCAGCCGAAUGCGAUUUGCCGCUGCUCGACGGCGAGGAUGCAUUGUCCUUUGAGGCUGGUGAUCUGGACAGCAGCUACGGCAGCUUCAUCUUCAAUCCGAGCAGCUUCGGCGCCGCAGACACGGACACUUCGCUGCACUCGCUGCAGGCCACCAUGUACCAGGACAAGCUGAGCGUCAUAGCGGCCAGCGCUGGCAGCGGUGCAGAGGAUGCGGCCAAUAGCUCAACGGCCGCCGCAGCUGCUGCUCAGCGCUCCAAGAAGCAAUUCAUCUGCAAGUUCUGCAAUCGCCAGUUCACCAAGUCCUACAAUCUGCUCAUACACGAACGCACCCACACGGACGAGCGUCCCUACUCAUGCGACAUCUGCGGCAAGGCCUUCAGGCGUCAAGAUCAUCUGAGAGAUCACAGAUACAUUCACUCCAAGGAGAAGCCCUUCAAGUGCGCCGAGUGUGGCAAAGGCUUUUGCCAGUCGCGCACCUUGGCCGUGCACAAGAUUCUGCAUAUGGAGGAGUCGCCACACAAGUGUCCCGUGUGCAACCGCUCCUUCAAUCAGCGCUCUAAUCUGAAGACUCAUCUACUCACCCACACGGAUAUUAAGCCCUACAAUUGUGCCUCCUGCGGCAAGGUGUUUCGGCGCAACUGUGAUCUGCGGCGCCACAGCUUGACGCACAAUCUGUCGGCCACGGGCGGCAUGGCCGGCGGCUUGGGCGAUCUCUUUGGCAGCAGUAGCAACGGUUCCAGCUCCGAUCUGGGUCUGUCGAUGGUACUGCCGAGCUCAACCGGUGCCAGCUCAACAGGUUCAAGCACAACCCGCGACUUGGUGGCCGUCAGCGAUUAGGCCGCUGGCAACUCCAGCUCAACUUAUCACGUGUUGUGACUUCCCCGUCUCCCAGGCAGGCGAAGCGCUAUCUCAAUCUCAUCUGCAGCUCUCAAGAACUCGAAUCCCUCCACAAUGUGUCUGAUCUGUGUUGCUCGUCUCGUGGCCUCCAAGUUGCUUACAGCU